UUUUUUGGCAUUGUGUCUUUUUUUAAUUUUAUUUAUCCAGCUGUAUUUUUUCUUUUUUUCGGCCUUAUUUUUGAUCUUUUUGCAAUUUUAUUUUUUCUUUUACUAUCGGAAUUUUUUCUAGGCUUCUUAUCUUUCUUAUCAUUUAAUCAAAAAUCAAGCCAUUUCCCAUCAUUUUAAUUAAACUUUAAAAUAAAAUGGCAUCCUUAAUUCUUGAAGCAUCAGAACACAAAGAAAAGGGCAAUAAGUAUUAUCAACAAGGGAGAUAUGAGGAUGCUCUUGCACAUUAUAAUCGAGCUAUUAUUAAAGAUUCUACGGAGCCAACAUAUUUUACAAACCGAGCUCUGUGUAAUUUAAAUUUGCAAAGGUGGGAAUCAGCAGCUGAGGAUUGUAGAAGGGCAUUGGACUUGGAUAGGAAGAAUAUUAAGGCAAAUUAUUAUUUGGGAAAGGUUUAUAUGCAGUUGGGGCAGUAUGAUGAGGCUGCAAAAGUAUUAACUCGAGCUCAUGAAUAUGAAAUAAAACAACGACAUUCCUAUGGAGAUGAAAUUACUCAAUUAUUAAGACAGGCUAAAAGAGAAAAAUUCAGAAAGGAAGAAGAAGCUAGAAUCAAUCAAGAAAUUGAAUUGCAAAGUUAUCUAAAUUUGUUAAUUGAUGAUGAUGUGAAGAAUAAAAUUGAUAUAUUACAGGUUUCGUCAAAUGGCGGCGAGUCGUUAGAUGAUAAAAUUGAUGAAAUCAAAACAAAAGCAGAUUCUAGUAAAGCACAACUAAACGAUUUGUUUGCCCAAGUCGAUGAACGUCGAAAGAGACGAGAAAUACCCGACUUUCUUUGUGGAAAAAUUAGUUUUGAACUUCUUAGAGAUCCUGUGAUAACUCCAAGUGGAAUAACUUAUGACAGAAAUGAUAUUUUGACACAUCUUCAUAGAGUUGGACAUUUUGAUCCUGUUACUCGCGUUCCGUAAGAAAAUUUAUAAAAUUUAAUUUUAGAUUGGUUUUUGGGUAGGAAUUAAAGUCUGGACAUUUAUGAAGCCCCUAGGCUGAGGAAAUUUUUGGGGGAUUUUUAAUUUGUCAUCCUAUGCUCGGUCAUUUUUAUUUUUGGAAGGAUUCUUUAAUUCAAUUAAUUGAACUUUUCAUUUUUCGGGAAUUUUCGAUUUUUUUUCUCCCUGUGGCCUGCGGUUUAUAACAGGAUUUUUUUACUGGGUCACGUUUUACAGGGAAGAGAUUCUUUCCAAUAUAUGGAAGAGGAUUUUGGCUGUCCUGUUUGUCACAAAAAUUCUCAUUCUAUUUUAAGAUUAACGGCCGACCAACUUAUUCCAAAUCUCGCAAUGCGUGAAGUGGUUGAACACUUUGAGAAGGAAAAUGAAUGGGCAGUUG